AUGGCACUGCACAGUAACUACACUGUUAACUAUAUCGUGAGCUACACCGUCAGAUAUACCGUGAGCUACACCGUGAGCUGCACCGUGAGCUAUACCGUAAUAUAUCCCGUGAGCUAUACCGUGAGCUUUACCGCGAGCUACACCGUGAGCUACACAGUGAGCUACACCGUGAGCUACAUCGUUAGGUACAUCGUGAGCUACACCAUGAGCUAUACUGUGAGCUACACCGUGAGCUACAUCGUUAGCUACAUCGUGAGCUACACCGUGAGCUACACCGUGAGCUACAUCGUGAGCUACACCGUGAGCUACACCGUGAGCUAUACCGUGAGCUACAUCGUGAGCUACAAUGUGAGCUACACCGUGAGCUAUACCGUGAGCUACACCAUGAGCUACACCGUGAGAUAUCCAGUGAGCCACACCGUGAGCUACACCAUGAGAUAUCCAGUGA